UGCAUCUGCCUUACGCAUUUCCGGUGCCGACUGCGGCUCCGCUAUCGCGCUCCUGUUGUUGCAGCGUCCUCAUUCACCUGUUUGCACUAUGUCCAGCGGACUUCUGAAGGCGCUGCGCAGCGACUCCUACGUGGAGCUGAGCCAGUACCGGGACCAGCACUUCCGGGGUGACAAUGAAGAACAAGAAAAAUUACUGAAGAAAAGCUGUACGUUGUAUGUCGGAAAUCUUUCCUUUUACACAACUGAAGAACAGAUCUAUGAACUCUUCAGCAAAAGUGGUGACAUAAAGAAAAUCAUUAUGGGCCUGGAUAAAAUGAAAAAAACAGCAUGUGGAUUUUGUUUUGUGGAGUACUAUUCAAGAGCAGAUGCAGAAAAUGCCAUGCGGUACAUAAAUGGAACUCGUCUAGAUGACCGGAUCAUUCGCACAGACUGGGAUGCAGGCUUUAAGGAGGGCCGGCAGUAUGGCCGGGGGCGAUCUGGGGGCCAGGUACGAGAUGAGUAUCGGCAAGACUAUGAUGCUGGGAGAGGAGGCUAUGGAAAACUGGCACAAAACCAGUGAGUGGGUGAGAGCCCCAUUAGCGAAAAACACACUCCUUGGCCUGUUGAAUUUGUUGAAGAGCAAUACUGAAGGUCUGCAAACCAGCCGUUUCUACCAACCUUUGAUCAAUGUCUCUACUAAGCUGGAAGCCUCAUCAUGGUUUUCCUCUCUGAAAAUUAUUAAAGGACAGAAUCCAAAAGAAUGCCUUUAAUUUUAGUUUUAGAAUCUUGUGUCAGAUUACCAGAAUGAUUUUCUGUUAUUAGGUCAAAAAUGUGUUGUAUGAUGACAGAUUAGAUCUAUGAUGUUGAUUAAUCUGUCAGCCAAAAACAUCACACUUCUUUUAAGAAGACUGGAAAAACUGAAAAAUUUGUUUUACCAUGUUUGAGUCUAAGUAGGUUUAUGAUCUACAUUGGUGCCUGGAUUUUCUUUUUAAUUUUUAAAUUUGCAUAAAAGUAAUAAAUGGAGUUUUGCUAUGUAUUAUGGUCUUGCCCUACAUUAGGAACAGAUGUUUGACAACUGAAUUUGUUUUCUAUGCUGAAUUCUCAUCUCUCAAGGUAAACUUAAGAGCAAGGGGCCUACCUAAAUAGUUGGUACAAAAGUUAAGCAUUAGACAGACCCCAGAGGACACCACUUGCACCCAUGCUUUAUAUGGUCCUUCAGGAAAUGCAAGUGCAGGACUCAAAGGGUAUUUACUUAACACAUUUUUCAAAAGUUGUACAUGUUAUACCUAAAGUUAAAGAAAGCAAGAGUUCAUAUUAUUAAGCACUUCAGAUGUUCGAAUGGGGGCACUGUCAGUAGGAAAUGUGAUGAAAUAACAAGGGAUGAGUUAAAACAUUGCCUUGAAAUUAUGAAGGUUGCUCUGAUGUCCAUCAGAUCUAUUCUUUUCAUUUUCAGAGUGAUCUUGGGAAUGGAGUGGGUUUAAAGAGCUUGAAGAUCAAGAAAAUGCUUAACAAAAUGAUCAGAUAAGCCUCCCUCGGGAAAUGUCUUUUUCAGCAAAUUCUUGUAUUGAAGUCUGUUUUGUUUUUACCCCAUGUCAAAUUAAUUAUACUUACUGAGGGUCAGAGCCUUAAUAGCAAGCAGCUGAUCUCUACAGAGAGAGGAGUCUAGAGAAUUUAUUAUGCAUUUGUAAAGCAAGAAGUGAUUUGUCUGUAAUACUUUGUGUGAGCUUUUCCUCACUUAAAAAUGCUAAUCUAGUAUAAUAUUCCCUGAUAAAAGUGGUUUGUGAAAAUUGGGGCCGAAAUAACUAAUGUGGACAUCUUUCUUUCGUAUUACAGUAACUACGUUUUCUCAUGAAAUUCAAACUUUAUUUGAAUUUUUAAAAGUGCUAUAACCAAUUGUAAGUACUUAAGAAGAAAUGUGUAAUUUAAUGAACAUAUACUAUUUGUUUUUCUAAUUUCUUUUCACAUUGUAGUUUCAAUUAAUGUAUUUUAUGUAUUUUUUUGUAGUAAACAUAACUCAGAUUUCUGCAAGUUUAAAACCACAGAGCGGUUCUUAUUUGAAUUGUCUCUUCUGUGACAAGUCACCUUUCAAUAAAGUUGGACCAAUUUACUGUC